UCCCCGCCGCCCCCUUGAUGCUGCCUCGUUUGCUUCUCUUACUUUUCAUACAAAAAAUUGCUGGACAAAUUGAUUAUUCCGAGUUGUUUUCUGGUGAAUCCAGAGAAAUCCGUGGUGAGAGCGUUAACCGUGCCCAGUCCUGGGAGGAGGGUGAGAUGUGAUGAGGCGAUGGGCGAAGGCGUGCAGAGGUUCCGUGUCCCGGCGCCGGCGGAACCUUUCACCGUGACGCGCAUCUGAAACCGUUCAACGCGGACCAGCCGGCGCUCCGUCCGGUUAACGCUUCCCCCGACAACAGCCACCCCGGAACGCGGCGCGGGACGACGGGUGACAGUCCGUAGCAUCAAUAAUUACGCUGGUUCCUUCUCGCUGACCGCUGAAGGACUGAAUCCAGUUGUCCCCGUUGAACAUUGUACCUGUGUUUAAUUACCACAGGUAUCCUUUACGUAAAUCACUGGAAUAAUGGAUAAUUUUUCUAUCUGUUACUUCUUCACAAAGCAAUAUAUGCCUGUGUUGUUAAAAUCUGCCAACUCAUACCUAAUAAAUGUCAGAAUGGCUACACUAAGGAAUGGUUACCAAGUCGAUAGCACGGUGCAUCAGUGUGGUGAACAACUAUACUUUAGGUGUUCUAGGCAGUUGGAGACAUCUGUCGCUAGACGCCAUUGCAUCAGUUGAUUAAUAAGCCAUUGAGUCACCGGUCACACCUUGUACACCAUGGAAAUGGGCAUGCGGAUUGUACGUGGUGUGGAUUGGAUCUGGGGAAACCAGGACGAUGGAGAAGGACAUGUUGGUACCGUGGUAGAGAUUGGUCGCCAAGGCAGCACCACAACACCAGAUAAAACCGUGGUGGUGCAGUGGGAUUGUGGUACUAGAACAAACUAUCGCACUGGUUACCAAGGAGCUUAUGACCUGCUACUCUACGACAAUGCACAGAUUGGUGUACGUCAUCCCAACAUAAUCUGCGACUUUUGCAAGAAGCAUGGGAUCAUGGGAAUGCGGUGGAAAUGUAAAGUGUGCUUUGACUAUGACCUGUGUACACAGUGCUACAUGAUCAACAAACAUGAUCUUACACACUCGUUUGAGCGCCACGAAACUGCACAUUCUCAACCUGUUGUUGUUGGUCCACGGCAGAACCUGCCCAGAAUUGUACUCAAGGGAAUCUUUCAGGGUGGUAAAGUUGUUCGAGGACCAGAUUGGGACUGGGGCAAUCAAGAUGGCGGGGAAGGCAAAAUUGGGAAGGUAAUGGAUAUCCGUGGCUGGGACACUGAGUCAGGACGAAGUGUUUCAAGCGUCGCCUGGUCAAACGGGACAACCAACGUCUACCGAAUGGGUCACAAAGGAAAGGUGGACUUAAAGUACGUCACAGACGCUGCUGGAGGUUACUACUACAAAGACCAUUUGCCAAAGCUUGGUGAGCAUGCAGAGCUGCCCCGGCAGGAGAGUGCAGUCGGCCACACGUUCCAGCACCUGGACAAGGUGAAAUGCCUCCUGGAGGUGGACAUCCUGCGGCAGAUGCAGGAGGGACAUGGAGGGUGGAAUCCUAAAAUGGCUGAGUACAUUAGUCGAGCGGGCACUGUGCACAGAAUAACUGACCGAGGAGAUGUGAGGGUGCAGUACAGUAAUAAUAUUCGCUGGACCUUCCAUCCUGGAGCCCUUACUAAGGUGGACAGCUUCUCUAUCGGUGACAUUGUCUGUGUGAUGGAGGACCUGGAGACGGUGAAAAGGCUUCAAACUGGUCACGGGGAAUGGACUGACAGCAUGGCUCCAGCACUGGGGCAGGUUGGGAAGGUGCUAAAGGUUUAUGCUGAUGGAGACUUGCGUGUGGGCGUUGGGGGCCAAACGUGGACCUUUAACCCUGCCUGCGUAACGGCAGGACAGCCCGGCGAACUGGACGCCAACCUCAUGACAACAGACAACACCAAUGAUUCAGCAAUAGGCACAGUCACAUCUGUCCUAGAAAAACUUCUGUCACAAUCAACUGACCAGGAUAAUCCUGGGCGGAUUGUAAUCGAAGCAGCUCAUGGGAAUGCCACAAAGGUUCGGGAUUUGGUGCAGAAGUAUCCAGAGAAGGUCGACAUUAAGAAUCAGGGCAAGACUGCCCUGCAGGUGGCUGCUCAUCAAGGACAUCUCGAGGUGGUGACGAUUCUCCUGCAGGCAAACGCAAAGCUUGAGAUUCACGAUGAGGAUGGUGACACAGCACUACAUUAUGCAUCAUUUGGAAACCAGCCUGAGGUGGCCAGACUGCUGCUCAGCAAGGGCGCCAAUGUCAAUCUGCUGAAUGGUUCAACGUGUUCUGCGCUGCAUAUCGCAGUAAACAAGGGCUUCACGGAUGUGGUGCGUGCACUUUGCGAAUACAACUGCAAUGUUAAUCUGCAGGAUUCGUAUGGUGAUACUCCUUUGCACGAUGGAAUUGCUAAAGAUUACAGGGACAUCAUUACCAUCCUGACAGACGUGCCAAACAUUGACUUCACUCAGCAGAAUAACCGUGGCUUCAACUCGCUACACCAUGCAGCCUUAAAAGGCAAUAAAUUAGCCACUGAGAAGAUUCUGGCCAGAGCUCGUCAGCUGGUGGAUGUCAAGAAGGAGGAUGGCUUUGCAGCUCUCCACCUCGCUGCCCUCAACGACCACAGAGACGUAGCUGAAGUGCUGAUUAAAGAGGGUCGGUGUGAGAUUAAUGUGCGGAACAAUCGGAACCAGAAUCCCCUGCAGCUCUCGGUCACCCAGGGUCACACUGGCAUGGUCCAGCUUCUGGUGGCUGAAGGAUGCAACGUGAAUGCAGAGGACGAAGACGGCGACACCGCGCUGCACGUGGCCCUGGGCCGGCAACAGCUGGCAACCCGCUCGGCAGUCAGGGAGGGAGAAGCUAGCUCCUUGUUUGCAAAUUUACAGACUUCAGGGUUACUGGGAUCUGGUGAGCUGAAUGUGGGUGCUGCCAUCGCCUGCUUCCUGGCCCAGGAUGGAGCAGAUAUCAACUACGCAAACCACAAGGGCAAAACACCCCUCGAUCUGGCCUCAGAAGGCAGGACAGCACAGUUGGUCAAAUGUUUUGCAGAAAAAUUCAGGGGAUCUCAGCUGCAGCCAACUGGGCCAACAGUUCUGCGGCGAGUCCACACUACUCCAAAUACUAUGACAAAUCUUCUAUUGCCGCUUGCUGCGGGUCCUGCUGAAUGCUUGGUGUGUUCGGAGCUGGCCUUCCUAGUCCUCUUCUCACCUUGCCAGCAUACUGUAGUAUGCGAAGAGUGUUCUGUGAGAAUGAAGAAGUGCAUCAAAUGCCAAGUGACCAUAUCAAAGAAAAUGAGACAUGAUAACACGGAAGUUGAAAGCAGCUCGAGCGGUGAACCCCCAGACCAGAGGAAGCUGCUGGAGCAACUACAGUCUCGAUACCGGCAGAUGGAGGAGAGGAUCACCUGCCCAAUCUGUAUUGACUGUCAGAUCAAACUGGUGUUCCAGUGUGGCCACGGAUCGUGCCUGGAGUGCAGCACUACUCUGAAAGCAUGUCCAAUCUGUCGCCAGAACAUUCGAGAGCGGAUACAGAUUUUUGUUUGAUGCAUGACAAGCCUUCUUAUCUCUGAUUCUCUUCUUUCCGAACAUCCUUUGUCCUGGACAUUCUGUGUGAUAUGCGUAUUUGUCUUCAUAGCCGACUUCACUUUUAAUCCUUCUCAACGUCAUUAGAACACACCUGUUUGACGUUUGUACUUGCUGUUUCCUCAGCCUUUCUGAUAGCGCGAUGUCCUCUGUGUUCAACCAGUGGAUGAGAUGUUACCAAGGAACAGAGCACAGCUGUACAUAACAUGAAGCAAGUUUAUUAUUCUGCUGCGUGGCGCCUCUCGAAAUAUUUGCAAAUGCUUGAAAAGUGCACAGAGAUGCGGCAUAAAAACCUUCCUGAUAUGUAUAUUAAAACAAUGUAAUAUAAUCCAUAAUCUAACAACUGUGGUUUAUGGUCAAUGUAUAUAUUUAAAAGUUCUAGGAAUAUAAAAUGCACUUCAGCAGUUGUGCAGAUGUGGCAGCGAGCAGCGUUGGCCCUUCUCAUUCACAGCUCUGCUCAGCAACAAACCACAAUUUCCACCAGGUAGUCAUGACUCAAAAUAACAAAACUGUUAAUUAUCUGCAAACUUUAUUUAAAGACUAUCCUCCUCCUAGUAUUUUUGACACCUCGUCUAUCAUUUUAAUGUGAAUUGAACAGUUUUACUUUGAAUAUUGUCUGGAAGACGUGGUAAAAUGUCGAGAAGAAUUGUGGUUGAAAAGAAAGAGGGCGACCUGUUAAUUCAAUAUUUAAUUACAGAGCUUUUGAUGUAAGUGUUACCCUUUUGGUCACGAAUGUAAGUUAUUCUGAUGAAAUCAUAAUCAAGCAAUUUGAUUUGAUCCUCUAGAUCAACUUGGGUAAGGAUACUGGUAUGGAAAUUUACAUGGAAGAUAACAAGAAUUAGUGCUUGUUUUAAUCCUAAUAUUAAUCCUAUUUUGAUUUGUACUUUCUAUUGUAGGAUGUUUUUAUAUUUAAAUAUUCCAUGGAAAUAAAAGCUAUGAAAUAAUUUGGAAAGCCACAGUUGUCUCAGGUGUUCUCGGCCUUGGCCUUUGAGUUGGACAUUGUAUUCAGGGCGCAAACAUGUUAAGUCUGGUUCAGGAUUGAGUUUCUGCCUCUUGAUGGUCACAGAUCUUUGCUUUACCGGAGUGCUGGUGGUCCUGAGUGAAAAUGAAGAAAGCCGGAAAAUCUCAGCAAGGCAGGCAGCAUUUUGGAUAGAGGACUGGCUAACGUUUCAGGUCGAAAAGCCUUAGUCCGAACCGAGAAAGAGAGAGCAGGUUAGUUGCGCAGGUUGGGGAGGGCGACGGAUGCAACAAAGGGAAUGGAGACACAAGAGGCUGCGGAUGCCAGAAUCCAGAGGAAAACUCAAAGUGCUAGAGGAACUCAGCGGGUCAGGCGGCAUCUGUGGAGGGAAUGGACAGACAACAUUGCAGGUGGGGACAUCAGUCUGAAGACGGGUCCUGACCCGAAGUGUCAUCUGUCCAUUCCCUCCACCGUUGUUGCCUGACCUGUUGAGUUCCUCCAGCACUUUGUUAUUUGAAACAUAGGGUCAGAGGUGAAACGAUGCUGCCAUUAAAUAGGCACUGAAGCUUUGUCUGGGUGAUGUGUUGCUAUUGUCGUAAAGUCUGGGUGAUGUUGUUCCAUUUGUCCUCCUGGGGCGUGCCUUGA